CAUAUGCAAUUUUAAAUUUGCUAGCACACUCAGAUUAAUUUUACUUUUAUGGAUGUAUGAAUGCUAGUAUACUUCAUCUACAUUGGAAUAACUUAUUGUUUGUAUGGUCUUCAGGAACCACUGCAGCUGUGGCUUCCGUUGAUGCUGCGGAGGAGCGUGUGGCACAACAGCUUGAACCUAGCAACAGGCCAUCUGGCGCCGAUGAAUCGGAAGCAGUGCAACCCCCAGGAUCCAUUACUGCUGCUACGGCCUCUACCAGCACCGCAGGGUCCACAUCAGACCAGCUUGUGCCUGGGGUACUGCCAUGUAGCAGCAGCGAACAGACGGUCCCAGAUGAGCUUGAACCCUGGACCUCACAGGAGUUGGAGGACGCUCUCAUGAGUGAGCAGCCAGAGGGCCUCCAGACAGUGAUUGGCAGCGAAAGAGACGAUGGAAAGUGGCUGCCGCCUCCUGCUGCUGCUGCUCUCUUCGGAAUAUUCAUGGGCUGCGAUGUCCCGGAGGAAGAGCAAAAAAAAAGGCUCAAGGAUGUGCGGAAGCAUCUCGCGCAGAAGCUGGGCGACGUGCGGAGAAAGUGA